GAUUGCCGCACUCCUUGUAUCGCAACAAGUUCAACGUGCAAUACGGUGUCAUUGUCUGACAGCAGCUGCUGCACGAAUUCCUCAGGCUGUGAAAGUAUGGAUCAUGUGGAAUGCCCUGCGCUCAGUCCUCAGCACUCAGCCUUCAAUCUAGAAUGCGCGUCUGCCAGUGUACAAAUCUCACGCACACUGUCAAUGAGGCUAUGGGUGGCUCGGUAUUUUGCGAGUCGCUUCUAUCUGUGAACUCAUUGCGGGUGCUGUGUGCAUCCUGUGCCGCUCCUCUAUAAUCCUUCAAGAAGUCACAGAUCCAUCCCUCAGCCAUCAUUAUGGCCCGUCGUCGACGUGUCACCUUCGAGUCUUCAAGCUCGUCAGAAUCACACUCUGAUUCUGACUUUUCUUCAGCCUCAUCGCGCAAACCCUCCCCUACUCCUCCAGGAGAGAAACCUGCUCCCAGUGCCGAGCCCUUGAAAGGGAAAAAGCGUAAGCGUAAGUCGUCAAACAAGAAGACGAAGAGUUCAAAGCGUCCUCGGUCGCAAAAAAAGGACGAUCAGGAGACAAGCCACCCAGGACACACCCAGGACCCGGGAGAGGUACACCUCAGUGGAGUGCAACAAGUGCUCAUUACUACCAUUUGCGCAACUGAUCUCACCCUUGGUCUCCGAUGGAUUCCUGCUGGGUUCUAUGCAGUGGUCAAGGUUGAUGGUGCUGAAUACCAGACAAGCAACAAGCCUGUAAACGUAGACCAGGCUGUCAUCGAAUGGCACGAGCGCAUUCUUCUGCCAUGCGAGCCAUCUUCUAAAGUUCAGGUCAGCGUAUAUGCCUCAUUUGAAAUGAGUCCCAUGGUCUGUCACGGAGAACUCCUGCGCGCGUUCGAGAUCUCUGUCGGAGAACUACUGGAUCGCAGCAAAAAAUCGCUUUCCAUAAUAUUUGAGCCAAAGGAGGAUGAAGUCGUAUCCGCUUGUACUUCGCUGUUCAUGACAGUGGAGCAGCGACUGCCUGAUCAAAAUGAUACCGCCGGUCUAUGCCCCCUUACUACCGUUAUGUCAGACGAUAUGGAUUCGUUAGCACUAGAGACUGAUACCGGACAUCGUCAUCUCGUACAAUACCGCAGGACGCAGGACAGUGGGGAUCUCAACCAAUCCAUAAACCACUUUGAAUGCGCGUUGGAUCUCUGUCCCGUGGACCAUCCCUACCGCCCUGCAGCACUCUUCAAUCUAGCCAGCGCAAAGUUCAUUAGUUGCCAAGCUAAUGGGAUAUACCUCGACCUCGACAUUCCUAUCUGUCUUUUUCAACGUGCUCUUGAUUCGCGUCCCAUGGGUCAUCCAGACCGACCUACCACUCAACUCCAUCUUGCCAUUUCUCUGCUCUCUCGCUGCGCGAAACACGGCUUUCAAACAGAUGCUGACACAGCUAAAGAGUUACUGAGCGAAGUCCUCGAUGUCUGCCACUUCAACAGCCACAUUCACAGAGCAGCUUCAUUUACAAUUAAAACAACUGCUCUGCAUUUUGCCGGAAAGAUUGAUGCAAAUGAUUUUGAGCGGGAGCGGCGGGCAGAAUCUGUGCUUCCUUUAUCGCCGGAUCAACUUGUUGAGCGAGCAGAGCGGUGUUUGCAGGGAGAUGAACACCAGGAAUUAGAUGAAGUGAUAUCCCUUCAUUUUGACGCACUGGGGUACUACAACAGUGGACAUUCUCGUCGAGCGCAGCUGCUAGGUAAUUUAGCACUCAUGCUGGAAGCUCGCUUCCAGCAUGGAGGCACAAGCAAAGACUUGGAUGAGGCUAUCGCACUUGACAGGGAAGUGCUGGCCUUGCACCCCGUCGGUCACCCAGAUCGGUCCACAUCAUUAAAUGACCUCGCGACUGAUCUCUCCUCCCGCUUUGAGCACCGAGACAACGAAGAAGAUUUGGAUGAGGCUAUCACAAUUCAUAAGGAAGCGCUGGCGUUGCGCCCCGUCGGUCACACAGAUCGGUCCAUGUCGUUAAAUAACCUCGCGGUUCUUCUUUCCUCCCGCUUUGAGCACCGAGGCAACGAAGAAGACUUGGAUGAGGCUAUCGCACUUCAUACGGAAGCGCUGACUUUGCGCCCCGUCGGUCACCCAGAUCGGUCUAAUUCAUUAAAUAACCUCGCGAAAGAACUCUCCUCCCGCUUUGAGCACCGAGGCAACGAAGAAGACUUGGACAAGGCUAUCGCACUUCAUACGGAAGCGCUGGGCUUGUGCCCCGUCGGUCAUACAGAUCGGUCUAUGUCAUUAAAUAACCUUGCGAAUCAACUCUCCUCCCGCUUCAAGCACCGAGGCAAUGACGAAGACUUGGAUGAGGCUAUCGCACUUCAUACGGAAGCGCUGGCCUUGUUCCCCGUCGGUCACACCGAUCGGUCUAAUUCAUUAAAUAACCUCGCAGAACUUCUUUCCUCCCGCUUUGAGCACCGAGGUAACGAAGAAGACUUGGAUGAGGCUAUCGCACUUCAUACGGAAGCGCUGGCCUUGUUCCCCGUCGGUCACACCGAUCGGUCUAAUUCAUUAAAUAACCUCGCAGAACUUCUUUCCUCCCGCUUUGAGCACCGAGGUAACGAAGAAGACUUGGAUCAGGCUAUCGCACUUGACAGGGAAGCACUGGCCUUGCAUCCGGUCGGUCACACAGAUCGAUCUAUGUCAUUAAGUAACGUCGCGGUUCUUCUCUCCUCCCGUUUUAAGCACCGAGGCAACGAAGAGGACUUGGAUGAGGCCAUCGCACUUGACAGGGAAGCGCUGGCCUUGCGCCCCGUCGGUCACAUCGAUCGGUCUAAUUCAUUAAAUAACCUCGCGACUGGACUCUCCUCCCGCUUCAAGCACCGAGGCAAUGAUGAAGACUUGGAUCAGGCUAUCAUACUUCACACGGAAGUACUGGCCUUGCGCCCCGUCGGUCACACAAAUCGGUCUAUAUCAUUACAUAACCUCGCGAAUCAACUCUCCUCCCGCUUUGAGCACCGAGGCAAUGACGAAGACUUAGAUCAGGCUAUCGCACUUUAUAGAGAAGCGCUGGCCUUGCUCCCGAUCGGUCAUACAGAUCGGUCCCAAUCAUUGUGUAACCUCGCACAUCCAUUCAUGUCCCGCUUUGAACACCUAGGUAACAGAGAAGACCUCGACGAGGCACGAGAGAACCUCCGUUGUGCGUUGAUUCUCCUGAGGCAACAUGAUCCUCGUCGAAUAUCAGUCAAUCUAUCGCUAGCUUAUGUCUAUCUGUUGUUCCAUCUAUCAGGCAUUGACGGCACUGGCCCGGGCGAAGAUAUUGACAGUCUGAAUGUCGUCAUGGAUCAUCUCAAGUCAGCAGCAAAUGUUGUCUCAGGAGGCUCGCUAUCCCGCCUGCGAGCUAGUCUAGACUGGGUUCACUAUGCUGAUGAAUACAAACAUGCUACUCAACUGGAGGCUUAUGCGACUGCCAUGCAACUUCUGGACACUUACAUGUCUACGACGGCUUCAGUUUCAUCUCGACAUGACGUCAUGAAGGACUUCCCAAGUACACUUGCCGUUGAUGCUGCAUCGUGUGCUCUUCGUAGCGGUGAUGUAUGUCGUGCUGUUGAGUUGUUGGAGCAAGGAAGGACUAUCAUCUGGACCCAGAUGACGCGACUCCGCAUGCCUCUUGACGGCCUCCAGACCCGCGGUGAUCAUGCAGUCACCCUGAUGAAGAAAUUUAGAAACCUCAGCUCCCUCCUUGAUAAACCUCCUACGAGCCUUCCGGAUGGAACCCUAAAAAUCGACGUAGAAGCAGAAGAAACCCGGUACAGACGUCUAGUGAAGGAGUGGAAUAGCGCUGUAGAGGAGAUCCGGAAAAUAGAGGGCUUAUCUCGCUUCCUCCUCCCCCCUUUAUUCUCCGAUCUUCAAGAAGCAGCUCGCGAAGGGCCCAUCAUCGUGCUCAUUGAAAGCAAGUCGUCUUGCCAUGCCAUUAUCAUCCCACACAAGCAAACUCCUAUCAGCAUCCAACUAUCUACCAGUGUUGAGAAGCUCCAGAUGCUGGUGGACAAACUCCAUCGCACAGAUAGUCCAGCGCUUAAAAAAGCCUUGACGGAGUUGUGGGAUGACGUCGUCCGCCCGGUGGUCGAGAAUCUGGACGGAAUUGCACCACGAGGUUCUCGAAUAUGGUGGUGCCCGACAUCUGUCUUCAAUUUCUUGCCGUUGCAUGCCGCUGGCGAGUACAGGAAACAAGGACGGUUCCUUUCACAUCUCUACAUUUCUUCAUACACGCCAUCGCUCACCGCGCUGAUCAAGGCUCGCAGAAGUCAUGAAAGGUCCCCAUCGGUGCCCUUCGUUGCGAUUGGUCAGAAUCGCCCAGCCGGUGCCUCAUUCACUUUGGAUGCUGUGGAACCUGAACUGGAAUUGGUACGGAGCCUUUUGCCCCCUCCCCCAACUAUUUCGUUUUCCAAGAUCACCAGUGUGGAUGCCACAAAAUCGAGAGCACUGUGCGCAUUGCGAGACAAUACUUGGCUUCAUCUUGCGUGUCACGGGACACAAAACAUUGCUGAACCCUUCAAAUCGGCCUUUCUUAUGCGCGACGAGCCUCUUUCGCUCCUCGACAUCACACAAACAGAUCUGUCUCGGCAUCAAUUUGCAUUUCUUUCUGCCUGCGAAACCGCAGUGGGUGACCACAACACUCCUGAUGAAGUGAUACACCUAGCGGCUGGCCUGCAGUUUGCCGGGGUCAAGAGCGUUAUUGGAACAUUAUGGAAGGUCAACGAUAGUACCGUGGAGCGCUUAGUCAAGGCAUUCUACAAAAACUUUUGCGGGGAUGGCACGAUGAACUCUAAACGAGCUGCCCGGGCGCUGCACCGAGCAGUCUAUUUACUAGGUUCUGACCAAGACAUACCUUUGGACCAGCGUAUAUUGUUCGUGCAUAUUGGCAUAUGAUCGAUACUCAUCCGGUCAUGGCCACGCAAAACUUGUUGCCAAGGACUUUGAUAUUUAAGACUUUGAGACUGUAUACCUACACGAUAUGCACAUCCAAUUUCGACUUGAAUUUACAUUUUCCAGUUUAUGACCUCGGAGCCAGAUGUGGUUGUGCACUCAGGGCUGAUGAUUUGUGGGUAAGAUUGAAGUCGUACAACAGGAUCUGGGUAUAACAACUUCAAGUU